UGAGAAAACAUUGCUGUAGGGUUUUCUUUAGUGCAAGUAAAUUAUAUAAAUAAGAUAAAGUUAUGUUUAAGUUUACAACAAGGACACUUCGUUUGGCCCUUAAAAGAAAUUAUACCACUAGCGCCAGUGGAAAUUUACCGGUGACAAAUGCUUUGAAAGGUUGGAGAGAGAAAUUAAAAGAUGCUGGCGUUGAAGACACCGAUUUUAAUUUGAAAUGCAUAGUGUCGCAUGUCUUGAAGAAGAAAUUCAAUACUGUCCCUGAUGACUUUGCUCAACUCGAGUUUAAUUCAUCUCAGUUGUCGGACUUUGAGAGGUUCUUGGAAGCUCGAUGUGCCCGCAUGCCACUACAGCACAUUAUUGGGGAAUGGGAUUUCAUGGAUAUCACAUUGAAGACGGCUCCAACUGUGUUUAUACCCCGCCCUGAAACGGAGGAGUUUGUCAGAUUAGUUAUAGAAAAUUAUAAAAAUGAUAAGCAAGUAAACAUGCUGGAAGUGGGUUGUGGCUCCGGAGCCAUGUCGUUGUCUAUACUACAUAGGUUACCCUUUGUGGACGCCAUUGCCAUUGAAAGAAGCAAAGCGGCUACUGCUCUGGCCUGGGAAAAUGCAAAAUUGCUUGGGCUACAAGAACGUUUCAAGGUAUACAACCACACCAUGGAGGAGGACAAGUAUAUGCCUGAUGAACUUAAGGAUAAGAAAUAUGAUUUAAUUAUAUCGAAUCCGCCAUAUGUUAAAACAGAGGAGUUUCAGUUCCUACAUCCCGAAGUUGUAGUAUACGAAAACCUCAAUGCCCUAGAUGGUGGUUCGGAUGGUUUGCGAGUAGCCCGUUUGGUGUUUGAACUUGCCUGUCGUUACCUUCGUUCUGGCGGCAAACUCUGGUUGGAAUUGGGCAAUGAACAUCCGCCAUUGGUCAAGACUAUUAUGAAUCUAAAAUAUCAGGGUCGUCUCAAAUUCGUAGAUAGCUAUUACGAUCAAUAUAAAAGGGAGCGAUUUGUUCAAAUUGAAAAAGUCUAGGGGAAUAACCAUCAUAAAAAUAUUUAUUAUCAUUAUAUUAAUGCAGUUUAGUCGGCUAUGCUUUUAAAUGCGACUUGAUCUGCAAGCUCCACAGAGGCUCAUAGGCAGGUUAAGUAUAUGAUUAUAUAUGCACAUGUACUCUAUAUACAUACAUAACCUGCUUUUCAAAUAAAAAUUAAGUGUUGUAUUUUAGAAGCAGAUAUUGUAGCAUCAAACGAAAUAUAUUCCUCAAGUUAACACUCACUCA